CCUCGAACAGUACACAUCUCAGCGAAUAUUAAGAAUAAUCAUCAAAUCGGCGUAUUUUCUCGUGUUAGCAGAUCGAAACUUGCUAUCUCAGUCACAAGAAUGAAUUCAAUCAUGGCCUUGAACAACAACACAUUGAGGGGAUCAUCCGACGUAUUUCGAGCAUUGGAGAUCGAUGUUGAGGACUACCCUGGACAUCCAAGCUAUCUCACUCUUCCCUUAACGCCCGUUCACGAGCCAGAUUAUCACAUCAGAGCAGAGCCUCUCGCCCAUAGUACCCCGGCGAUGUCAGCGGAUCUAGGGAGCGAUGGCGAGCUAAGUCCGACGUUGAGCGAAAUAGACUCAACAUUCCUGUACAACACAAUCAACGAUGGCCCGGAGCUGGAUUUAUGGAGCGACAAUGCAUGGGACGCACUUGGAAUCGUGGAAGGGGACCUCUCGGUUGACAUCGACUCUAACCCAUCAACACUCUUAGAUCUGUCAUUGGCAUCAUCUGAAUUCUACAGUAGCGAGUCUGACAGUUCAAGUAACCAUAGCAACCCGGGUGAGUCCCCGGCUAACAACUCUACGAGUUUCGAUAGUGACAUUCCCUCAACGCCAACCAGUCGUCCAUCAAAUCAGCAACGUACACGAAGAGGGCAGUUGUCUUUGCGUCAGAAGUCACAGUUAGAGGAUGCGUUCUUUAAAUGUCCCAACCCAACAGAGAGCCAGCAGCGGAACCUUGGCAAAAAGAUUGGAAUCACAGUGGACAGUGUCCAGAAAUGGUUCAGUAAACAACAUGCUAGGUGUAUCCGUGACAAUCACCAGUAUCUCUAUGACAACUUGGACAUCUGGAUGGGUGUUACUAGCAACCGUACCUAUCUUCUUCCCGUAUUGUCUUCUUCUACGGAUCUGGACUCAGAGGAACUCGUCUAUAGUAACCAUGAUUGA